UUCUCGUAUUUCAGGGAAAUCUUAAAUUUUUAAACGCUUUAGCUGAGACAAAUGUGGCCUGUCGCGCGGGAAUAGGCCAAAACGAUUUUACAGUUAACAGGAAUUGUGGAUGGUUUAUUUCCACACACCUCGUAUGCGCGAGCUAGCUGCUUGGUAAGGAUGCGGGUUUUGUGUAGCAGGUUUCAUUCAUUUUGGCUAACGUUAGCUUUGUAGUGGCGGUCGACGCUCACCCGAGCAGGUUUUGGUCUAUUUGCUAACGUUAAGCAACGUUGCAUGUCGUGGCUGCACCUGCGUUACAUAGUCCAGGUACAGUGUGACUUUGAGUUUCUGUUGAACUGAGAGAAAAAAAGCAUCGUGUGUCGGUCACGGAGCCGCUGGACCGUCAGCUAACGUUAGUCUACAAAGUGAAUUGGGUUAGCAAGGUAACGUUAACUUUUACUAUUAUGGAUUACGAACAUAAAGCGAAGGCGGUGGCUGACUGCUUGCUGGGCUACAAGAGGGAUGAGUCCGGGUGGAAAGUCUGCAAGAAAUCGAAUGACGUGAUUGUGUCUUGGCGUCCCUCGUCUGAGUUCCCUGGGAAUGUUUAUAAGGGGGACGGGGUUGUGAGCGGCAGCCCGGAGAAAGUGUGGGAGUGUCUGAAACCAGUACCCAACGGGCUCAGAGUCAAGUGGGACAACAAUGUCAAAAAGUUUGAGCUUUUGGAACAAAUCACAGAGGACAUCUCUAUCUGCCGAACAGUCACUCCCUCAGCAGCUAUGGGUAUCAUAGCUCCACGAGACUUUGUAGAUGUUAUUUUAGUUAAACAAUACGAAGAUGGCACCAUUUCAUCAAAUGCCACCAAUGUGAGUCACCUGGGCUGUCCUCCCCAGUCUGGCUACGUGAGAGGAUUCAACCAUCCGUGUGGUUGCAUAUGUGUUCCCAUCUCAGGAGAGCCCAACAAAACCCAGGUGUUCAGUUUCUUCCAGACAGACCUAGGUGGCUUACUCCCUCGCUCCGUGGUCGACUCGUUCUUCCCCUCCAGCAUGGCUGAGUUCUACAGCAACCUGGCCAAGGCCGUCAAAUCCCUCAAGGACCUUUGACAGCAAAAGAUCUGCCUUCAAACCUGAGGUCUACUGACUGGUCAGGCCAAAUGCUCAUUCCAUUUUAAACAGUCCAAACCCAGCAACAAUCAAACGGCCCCAUAUUUAAAAUAGAUCUAAUCCACCAUUUAUUUUUAAUGUGCAUUCCUUUAUUCCUGUGUUACUGCAGGAGGAAUCAGUAAAUCCCUGAUUUGAAAGCAGCUGACAUAUUGAAAAGUCCCCAAAUAAGAACAUGGGCUUACAUCUGACAAAACUUGUAUCUUAAACUCCAUUUUGUUUUCCUAUUCCAUUUCAUUUACAUAGCGCCAAUUCACAACAGAAGUUAUCUCAUUGCACUUUUCAUAGAGCAAGUCUAGACCAUAUUCUUCUUUUUAAUAUGCCAGUCUCUUUAAACCCCCAUCUGUGGGACAUUUGUUUCCUCCAAUCUUUAGGAUGAAAAUACAAAUCUAUAUUUGUACAUGUGCAGUACAGAAUAUCUUUUAAUGUAAUUGCAUACUUCAGUGUGUACAGUAAACAUGCAUGUUGCAUGGACCUUAUUUACCCUAUGCUGGAAUACUGACUCAUACCUCAUAUUUAGUUGUUUGUGUUGUACUUGAAAUGCCAUAGUUUUGCUCAUCUCCACUUGUCUCUGAGCCGUGAAUAUCUGCCUCUUUUAUCAGCUACACUGAAGCACAGGUGGGAUGGCGUACAGCGGUGGCCUUUUUAAACAAAGGCAGCUUCUUUUUUCUCGGAUUAUUCUUUCUAAAAGACUGCCUUCUGAAUAGGACAUGUUUAGUGCUGCUUUAGUUUCUAAAGUACAUUUCCCUGUCUUUUUCUUCAUAUACAGUCCCUGUAAAAUCCUCAUGUUUUAAGAUUAGAACCAAACCAGCUGCCUGCAGUUGGUCUCCCAAGUUCAGCGUAGUCUAAUUAGAUUUGAGCUAGCUUCUCAAAACUUGGCUGCAAUGGCUUUUCUCACUGACUGAACUCACAAAGCUGGUCACAAGCUAACGAUGGAUUUUCCAGUCCAGCUACCAGACCUUUCAUAAUGAAAGGGAUGUGAUGUAACAUUAAACAUCCCAUGUAACAUCCAAAUGUGUCAAUCACAUACUUUAAGAUACAAUAAACAUACAUAAGCCAAAUGUAACCUGACAAAGCUAGAGAGCUUUACUAGAUAGUGUAAAGGGGACACUGUUAAACUGUAAAAGAUGCAAAAAUGCCUCAUGAGGUGUGUCAAUGUAAUAUGUGUCUGCAAUAUGAGAACACCUGAGUAAGGAUCUGACUACUUCCUCCACCACUGCCUUUGUAAUGAAAGCCAGAUUGAAGUCUCCUCUGUAAAUACUAGUUUUGUUUCCUGAGAGAGGUCCUAUUCAAAGCAGAGACAAGAAAGAAAAUCAAAGGACAUGGAAAAGCACGAGACUAAAACAUUAUGACUCUAAAAAAAGAUCCUCAUCCUGUACACCUUUAAGAAAUUAUUUUCAAUUUUUUCUUUAUUUUUAUGCUGUGGCUGAAUAACAAAAGAUUACACUCACCCUUGUUACUUAAUAACAAAUCAAAUGUUCACUGGCUUAUUGAGCUGUAGCCUCACUUAGAAAUGAAGCACACGCCUGUUUUCUCUGUUGCUUGGAACAGCCACUAUUCUGCUUUUAAUCAGAAGGUAUUGGCUUGGGAUAGAAGCUGUAUGCGCGCUCCCGAGCCUCGCUCCGACUACAACAACACAGCUAACGACACUAACGCCACAAAACAACCGGCCCCCAGCAAAACACAGACUCCAACACAAACGCCACGUAAGGAUAAAAACAACCAGAAAGGUUUAUAUGAUGAAGCCUGUCAGACCAAAGAGAAUCAGAUGAUGUCAAGUAAAAACACAGUUUCACAAAACAUCAGAAAGGCUGGAGUCACAAGAGAGUAACGUCAGCUCGCCGGCUAAUGCCCAGCAGUUGCUAAAGUUAUGUGGUGUAAGAUAUAAUAUGUAACGUUAUUUCUUUCCACAUUACUUUACCUGCUAACGCGAUUCAUAUUACCAUCCUGUGUCCCACCAGUGUUAUGUCAAAGUUUUUAUUUAAGCCUGCAAGAAAGGAUGUAACACUACAAAGCAAAUGUGGAGCGAUUUCUUUAUACUAGCCUUGAUGCAAGGCAGGAGCAGCCAGCUACUUUAGUACGGAUCUACUGCUGAUUGCUUCAUAACGUUCAAUUUAGAUUUAUUGUGUUUUUACUGAUACUCAGGUACACAGCUUCUCUUCUUGCGUGACCCCAUAAUAUCCAAUGAUGCGACAUAACUGGACGAUAACAACACAGAGGAAGACCCAUCCACUACAGUAACGUUACUUACUGCGGUCUAACAGUUAUAAAGUGAGGCAACAAUUUAAUUUAUAAUAUUCAGCCCAGCUCACUAACCGUUUCAUUAUCAUCCAAUACAUUUAGCUGUGCUCACAGUGCUGAGCCUCCGGAGAAAGACACACAUAUAGUAAAGUUAGUUACUGAAAAGCAGCAGGCGGGCUAAUGACACAUCACGUUGGCAAAAUACAGUAAAUGUAACAUUAUCAUGUAACAAGCAUGGAUUACUUCAACCUGCAGCUGAUAAAAAUAUUACUGUAACGCUGCAGUGGGAGUUUACCUGAGUUUCCAGCAUGUUGUGUGAAGCUGUCUCCCUGUCUGUCUAUAGCUGCUCUCACACUGCCACACUCAUACGGCCCUAAAAAUAGAUCUGUGCGGAGUACAACCGACCAUAAUCUUCCACCAUGCCUCAAUUUUUAGGUGAGGUUACAACCUGGUCACAUAUAGUAAAGAAAAAUGAUUUAAAUAUAUAUAAAUUCCUUUUUAAAACUCCACAGUGUCCCUUUUUACAGUUGUGUUGCUGACCUAGCCGGUUACAGCUCAAAGUGACGCGGCAGUCUUAAAAUAUGUUGAAAAGGUAUUGAAUCUUACUUCAGUAUUCCUCUAUAUACCCUGGCACAGUACGCGCAGUAUUUGUCCAGGCCACCUCACUGUCUACACAGUGUAGACAAUGAGAGUUCUGCAUGAGGAAAAAUAAAUGUACUUGUGGAACGUGAAGUGGACAUUAGUGACAGUAUGUCCACUUGUCCAGAUUAGGGCAGUCUUUAAUUCUUAUUUAGCACUUGAAGACAUCCACAUCCACACUGACCAUUGGCUUUAUGUAUCUCAUGUGUUGUUUUUAAUGCAAGACUAAUUUUCAGGUUAGAGAGAUGGGGUGAACAGCUUCACUCCGCUGCACCUUCACACGAAAAAACCUAUAGCACUUGAAAGAAAAAAAUGUCUGUAUUUAAUAACUGAACAAUUUCAAAGUCGCUACUGUAUUAUAUUUACAUAAAUAUUAUUCACAAAAUAUAUAAAUGUAAGUUAUUCCACAACUGCCAGAAUCUUAUUCAGAUAUUCACACACACACAGUAAUACUUUACUCGUAUUAAUCUUGCAGCUGACAUUGGUCAAGGGAAUGAGAAGACACUACAGCUGAGUGGUUUGAAAGACACUAUUUAAGCCUUCCCUUCAUUAAGGCUGAAGUCUUACUGAAUAAAUUGGAUUAAUAUAUUGCUUGAACAUGUUAAGAGUGUAUAAAGAAAUCCCUCAGUAUGAAAUGAAUGGAUAAAGAAGAGUUUUCUGAGUCAGGGAAAGCUGGAUGAAAGAUGUGUAGUACACUGUCGACAUACCCACUUUCUUUAGAGCCUGGACAUGUGACAUGUUUAAACUAGUAUUUUUUAGGAGUAUCAAGAUUCCUUUUAAAAAUGUUUUGGCGCUUUACCUGUAACAUUUUUACCUCACAGUGAAAGAAAAAUUACUUACAUUCCAUCAUUUCCCAGUCAUGUGUGCUUGAGAUGUUAUUGUUUACAUGUGGAUCUAAAGGUGAUUUGUGUGUGUCUGUAUUGUUUAAAUAAAGCAGGCAUUUUUUAUG